CCGGUCUUGAUUCGGUCCGGUCUUGACCCGGUCCGGUCUCAAUUUGAUUUUGAUUUUAGGUGUUGGGGGUCCCUUAUCCGGUCUUUAUCCGGGUUUUUUACCUCAAAUCUAAGCCCGAAUAUGAGAUUGGAUUGUUUGCUAUCCGGUCCCAGUCCGAUCCCGGUCCGGGUUAUACGGUCCGGUUUCGGGUAAAACCAAACAGUCCGGGACCUAGCCAGCCCUACUUGCUGGUAUAUCGGUUGCAAUCAACCUUUUUUAUGGUUUGGAUUUCAAUUUAUUUCAAAUUCAUAAUUGUACUUUGGUUGUGAAAUAUCCAACUUGUAUAUUGUAUAAUAACUGCUCCGUUCCAAGCCUAACUUAUUGCGUUCAGGAGGCCCGAUUGGAAGCCCAUAGUAAUACGCUCUUUAGCUCCUCGGCCCAAAAUUUAGAUUAAACAAAGGCCCAAGUCCGGGAGCAAAGCAAAUUAACACUUCAAAUCUGCCCCAUUUCCCAAAUCCAAAUUUCGCGGUAUUCAGGGAUCAUUCGUACCGUCAUUUACCUGAGAUCGCCGGUCUCCGGCGGCGGUUUCCCCAGCCUCCGACGAAGAAUCAGCCCCCGGAUUUCGUGGCGGUACAGCUUCAUUCCCCGACGCCUUAGCCUCCUGAUCUCCUCUGAACUUCGCGCACACAUCGCUCUUGUAAAACUCCUUUGUCCUCCAAACCAGGAGGAUCGAAACGAGAAAACCUGGAAAACUGGCCGCCGCGAUAAUGAGAAACGCCGAGCGGAAGCAGCUCACUCCGGCACAGUUUAGCUCUUUCCCGGGCUCCUUCAGGAGCCCUAAUCGUUCCAAUUGCUUCGUGGCUUCGUCGCCUUACAAACGGCCGGCGACUUUCACUCUCGGAACCAGGGAUCCGAUGGGGCUGGAAACUGAUUAGGAGUGAUGCGAAUACCAUGAACCAUAAAGGACUUGAGAGCCGAAGCUUCUGAUUUCCCUCCAACCAGUUAGCUCGCCUCAUCAGCCAUUGGUGGGGGUUCUCUUUCCCCUUCUCGCAGGGCUUCAAAAUGGUAAAUGGUUGCUGUUUUACUAUGAUGAAUUUGUAAUUUGUUGGGUCCUAUACAUGUUCUAGGAUAGGAUGAGAGCUCAUAGGAUUUCCUUUGCUGCAUAUGAGAGCUAUCUGCUAGUUAGAGUCAAGCCAUGAGUGAUGAUUUCUCGAGAGCAAAAUAUAUGUGGGGGAGAGAUUUGACAUCUUGUUCAGAAAUGGGUUUAUGCGUUUGGUCCUAUCUGUUUGGAGUGGAAUCAGAAGCAGAUUCAAUAUAAACAUAUCUGAACAGUUUGUGUGUGUACUAUUCAUUUGAUUGAUUCAAGCCCCUUCGACCUGCGAAAAUGACAUUCUCAAUACUAAAUUGGUUGUCCUUGGAAAAUCUCGUAAUCAAGAUAAGUUCGAGACAAAAUUGGUGUUCAUCGCAUUUUCUGCUUGAAAGUUGAAAAAAUAGUCCUGUGGUCUUAUCCAUAUAUGGCCUUGUUCUUGCAGGGCUCUGAAGGAUCUAUUGACAUGUUGAAGCUUUCUGUUUCUUCAGCAUCUCUUCCGGGUACUGAAGGUUUCUUUUCAGCAAUUUGCUCUUAUUUUCUUCUUAAUCGCAAAGCGUUUAAAGCAAGACUAGUUGAGGAAUUGUUGCAAAACUGAAAAGUUGUUGGCGUUAGAGAAGCUUUAUGGCGGAACGGGGAACUGACAUUUGCUGCCCCGGUUCAGCUUGCUUCAGAAUGAGGUACAAACUGACAAAUGCAUGGACUAGGUUAGACGAUCCAUCCAGCUGACUUUGUUUAACCAUUUAUUUAAUACAGUUACUUUAUGUGUUGAGAAAAGAUUAAAACUUAGCUAAUUCCUCAAAACACUACUACUAAAGAAAUGCUUAAUUAAAGGAAACUAAAUUCACUACGAUCGGCUGUUUCACUAGAAAAACGACAACAACAUGAUCCAGUAAUCAUGUUUUGCUGGUAUAGUCUAUUACCAUAACCUUGUCGCAUUACAGAGGGGGGAAAUUGAUUUCGUGGAGGGCCGGGAAGGUUCCCCUCCACUCCCAAGUUCUGACGACAUCCAAGUUAUAGGAACAAAACAAGAGUAGUUUCCAUUUUGCGCUCGGCAUUGUUUUAGCCCAUUGGAAGCCUAUCAUAUCAGAGAUUCAUGGUAAACUAAAGAUGUAAAUUUGACAGACCGGUAUCCAAUAUUUGAAUUGGACCGUUGUCUUGUGUUUGGUUAGCUGGUUAUUGCUAGGACCUUUUGAUUGGCCUCUCUGCCAUAUCAUCAUCAUUUUUUUGUCCUUUAUGGUUUUAUCAGCCGGCUUUCAUUGUUUCUAAGGACGUUCUCUGGCUCGUAUAUUAUAUGCCAGUGUUAUUAACUAUAGCUCCACAAAACGUUCUUGUAGCCAAUACCAAAGCUCAUUACCACGAAGCAAUGGAGAAUCCCAAGAAUCUGGAAGAAGGGCUUGCCCACCGGGAAUCACUUGGCAAUGGAGAAAAGCAGCAGAAUGAAGUUUCUGAACACCCGGAAGCUGAAGAAAAAGAAGAGCAGCAGCCUGAAAAGCAGAAGAGCAAGAGGGUUGCAACUUUGGAUGUAUUCAGAGGGCUAACAGUAGUGUUGAUGAUUCUGGUAGAUGAUGCCGGAGAAGCAUACCCUCAGAUUAAUCAUUCGCCAUGGAAUGGCUGUAGAUUGGCAGACUUUGUGAUGCCUUUUUUCCUCUUCAUUGUUGGCAUGGCAAUAGCUCUGGCCCUAAAGAGAGUACCUAAGAAGAGGGACGCCGUAAGGAGGAUAUUCUCAAGGACAUUGAAGCUUCUCUUUUGGGGAGUUCUGUUGCAAGGAGGAUAUUCACACGCUCCAAGUGACCUCGCUUAUGGAGUAGACAUGAAGCUCAUCAGAUGGUGUGGCAUUCUCCAGAGAAUAGCGUUGGUAUACAUGAUUGUGGCUCUGGUAGAGACGUUCACCAUCAAGCACAGACAAAAGAUCUUGAAUCCUGGGCAUUUCUCAAUCUUCACGGCAUACCGAUGGCAGUGGCUUGGAGGGUUCAUUUCUUUCCUGAUUUACAUGAUCACGACAUUUGCGCUCUAUGUUCCCGACUGGAGUUUCGUGAACCAUGAUGAACAGAAGAGAUAUACGGUGACCUGCGGAAUGAGAGGUCAUUUAGGACCAGCCUGCAAUGCUGUUGGACACGUAGAUCGAGCAGUCUGGGGUGUUAACCAUCUCUAUGGUGGUCCUGAAUGGCGCCGUCUCAAGGCUUGCACUGUCAGCGCUCCUAGCUCAGGCGAUCUCCGGGAUGAUGCUCCUGCUUGGUGCCACGGCCCAUUCGAACCCGAAGGCUUGCUGAGUUCGAUUUCUGCCAUCCUGUCUGGCACCAUUGGCAUUCAUUAUGGACACGUUUUGAUCCAUUUCAAGGAGAAUUCGGAGAGGCUCAAGCAAUGGGUUUCAAUGGCCGUCGGCCUUCUUAUCAUUGCCAUCAUUCUUCACUUCACCGAUGCUAUUCCGAUGAACAAACAGCUCUACAGCUUCAGCUACGUCUGUUUCACCGGUGGAGCUGCCGGUCUCGUGUUCUCUGGAUUCUACAUACUGAUCGAUAUGUGGGGAUGGAGGAUGCCGUUCCUGUUCCUGGAAUGGAUAGGGAUGAACGCGAUGCUAGUCUACGUAAUGGCUGCUCAAGGCAUCUUUGAAGGCUUCAUCAAUGGCUGGUUCUACAAGUCACCAGACAACACCCUGGUGUACUGGAUCCAAGACCACGUGUUCAACGACGUCUGGAAAUCAGAGAGGGUGGGAACCUUGUUGUACGUGAUAUUUGCACAGAUCACGUUCUGGGCAGUGGUUUCAGGAGUCUUGCACAAACUGGGUAUUUACUGGAAGCUCUGAAACCAAAAUAUAUGACACAAGAACCAAAGCUCAGUCAUUAUACUUUUGUUUCUUUAGUCUAUUUUACCAUCAACCAAAAUACUAGUUGUAACACGUUGGAGAAUGUAUAGUUAUAGCCGACAAAUUCCCCCCAUUGGUUUGUUUACAGCCCAGGUACCAGUUUUCAGCUCAUGUCAUUCUUGUUUCGACACUAGUGUCAUCGAUGUAAUUGGUUUUUACGUGUGUAAGUUUGUAUUUGUAAUGGUUGGUGUCUAAUUUGAGCCCCUUAAAUGGGGUUUAAACGUUUAAGCUGAUGUUCAGGACGGAAGAUGCUCAAUUUACUUGAUUCGUGCAAUCUGAUUUAUCCCAAUUUUGUCCUAGACGUGUAUUUUUUAUUCUCAAAUAGUGUGGAGUUGACUAUUUUGAUUGAUACUUACACAUAUUUAUGCUAGGUAGCCUCAUUUUAUACAGCAAUCUAGUUCGCUUCGAAGUAACUCUGCGGUUUCUCAAUUCUCAAAUAACCGUAGCUUUAUUAUUUCGUCAUUCGUUUUAUUAUUCAUUUAUAAAGUGCAUGGUUCAAAAAAUACGUUCUUAACCUUAAACUUAAAUGUGUUUAGACGAUUGACAACCUUGAAAAGUCUUGUCUAAGGGUUUCAUAGCUAGUUAGGUAUCGAGAACGAGACGAAAGGGUAAGGUGAGACUUAGGUGUCGCCUGGACGGCUAGACGUGAUUAGGUGGGAGCUUUGCACUCAAUAUCGAACAGAGAAAAUAAACAUCAUCAACAAAUGCAAUCUUUUUGGUAGCUCAAUGAUAGGGCAAAAGCGUAUAUGCCUUAAUCCUAUCUUGUAGUAAAACCGGAAAUCCGGG